AUGUUCUCUGGCAUGUUCCGCCGGCGGCAGGCUGUUGACCCCGCUGCUGCCGAGUCGCCCGCUACAUACGAAGUGCCUUUGUACACCAACGCAGCCUACUACCCUAACUGGCGGAUCUACAAGAAACAGCCUCCUUCAUCGCUGCGCCUGGGGUUUAUUUCUCACGUAUUCUACGCCUUUGCUUGGGUGAAAGACGAUGGCACAAUUUAUUUGAGUGAUGAGUGGGCCGAUACCCAGAUGCCGGUUGACGGCACGGAAGGCUGCCUCCGUGCCUUUGUCCAGUUGAAACAGCAAUACUCGAAGAUGCGGGUCAUUCUCUCCGUUGGCGGCGGCGGCAAAGGAAGUGAGAAUUUUGCAGCCGUUGCUCAUAGUCGGUCUCGCGUGGAGACAUUCAUUCGUAGUGCACGAGCACUGGUGGAUGAGUUUGGACUGGAUGGUAUUGAUGUGGAUUGGGAACAUCCCGCAGACCUCAAGCAGGGGAAGGACUACAUUCGUCUAAUCGCCAAGCUGCGCGAAGUGUUGCCUGCUCCACGCUAUGUUCUAACCUCCUGUCUCCCCGCUGGUCAAUGGGCUCUGCGAAAUAUUGAUCUGGCAGAGGCGCAGAGGUAUCUAGACAUGAUCAACCUCAUGGCUUAUGACUUUUCUGGGCCUUGGGAGGCCGAAACCGGUCACCAGGCCCAACUCUACGGCUCGCCUAUCUCAGGCUACUCGGCGGUUGACUAUGUAAUGUCGCAAGGGGUACCCUCACGAAAAAUCAUCCUGGGCGUGCCAGUGUAUGGACGCUCAUUCCUUGGCAGCAACGGACCUGGUCAACGGUAUACUGGUACCGGCGGCGAGGAUGGCGUCUUCGACUACCACGAUCUCCCACGGCCAGAAGCCCAAGAAUAUCAUGAUAAAGAGGCCGGUGCUGCAUCUUGUGUUGGACCAGAUGGGGGGUUUGUGACCUAUGAUAUUCCUGCGACAAUACAACAAAAAGCGGAAUUUGUGACCUCGUCGAAAUUGGGUGGGCUGUUUUACUGGCAUAUUUGCUCCGAUGCCCGAGGGCCACGCAGCCUGAUCGAAACCGGGUAUAACACGCUUCAUGAAAUGUAA